AUGUCCGACUUUCCAGAAGGGUAUUUUUACAUUCGGUCACGACAAAAUGGGAAAGUCAUUGACGCUCAUUCUUUUGCUCAAGUUGACGGCGGUUAUACCAAGAAUGAUACCAAGAUUCUGAUAUGGACUCCAAAACACACUGAUGAUCGAGACAAUCAGUUAUGGUAUUACCAGGAUGGAUUUAUUGUAAACAAGAACUCCAACAAGGUGCUUGAUGUACGUGGAGGAGCCCUACAUGACAACACACCUGUUAUCCAGUACGAUCGAAAACUCGUUGUCGAUGCACAAAAUCAAAGAUGGGGUUACAAAAGCCGGGAUGGCGUGAUCUAUCUCCUGGCUGAUCCCCGUAUGGUUUUGGAUAUACGGGGAGAUUCAGCUGACGACGGCGCCAAAGUAAUUCUCUAUCACCGAAAAUCGGCGUCUGAAGACAAUCUCAACCAGAACUGGGAUCUCGUCAACGAGGUCUACUGCGAAGGACCAUUGCUAAAGACGAUUCAGCCUGCAUCCCUCUAUCCCAACUCUGAAACAUUUGUCGAGAAACCGACAUCCAAGCCCGUUGAUCAAGUGCUGGCAGCAUUUGGAGAAGUCAGAGAGAGUUCGCAUUGA